AUGGCUCCCGCUUUGGCGACGCGUCCUCGAUGUCCACCGGUAAGCGUGCCAUGGAUAUCAAGAAGACCAAGUGUGACCGCGCACUGGUCGAGGGCGCAAAGCGGGAGCAACAGCGCGUCGCUUUUGCCCCCGAGUCUCAGUGGUGUCUUAAACCGCGCUAUCAAGAACGAGCUGAAGAAAAACCGUCACUCACGCAACGCUGGACUCAAUGGUGUGGGCCUUGGAUGUGGGCCUUGGGCCGGUAAUCAGGUACUGAAGCGCUGUCAACAGAAACUCCAGGCUCAGCGUGCGCAGCGCAUUGAGCAACGGAAGCAGUUGAAGCGCGAGCGGAAAGCUCGUGGACUUAAGAAUGCAAGUUCGGGUGGUAGUGCUUCAAGUGAAACAGCCGGGUCAGACGGCGCCGAUAGUGUUGCGAGCGAACUUUCGACUGCGUCGUCAUCGUCUUCACAUCCUUCUACACCACCCAGUGAAGCAGACAACGGUGCAGUGGGUUUGACAUUAACUGAAACGUCAAAGGUGAACGUAAACGCGAAAACAAAGGCUUCUGCAACAUGUCCUCAGACUACAGCCGUUGCGUAUCGAAAGGUGGUUGCAAGACGCUCUCAGCCGAUAAUGACUGACUCACGCGUUCGUGGUGCAGACUUGUACGUGGUGCGGCUUUUGCAAGACACUGAGUCGAAGGCCAAGGCGAAGGAGCAACGGCGUCGGCAGCAUGGAUUCACAUCGUCUCGAAUUCCGAUUCCAACCGUCGAGCCCCGGUACGCCGAUAGCCGUCCUUGCUGGCGCUGUCUCGAGUGGAUGUACUGGGCUGGCAUCAAGCGCGUCUAUUGGACGGAUCCUGAUGGCGAUUGGUAUGGCGAUAAGGUCGCACACCUCCUUUUCGGUUCAACUUCACAUGACUCUUCCUCAGCUACGACAGUCUAUGUGCCGGUGCAUUUAACUCAGUAUGAACAUGCCGCUGCGAUGCUGCGCAUCAAGGCGGGGUCUUCUUCAACAUCGAACGUCGCUUGUGUAUGA